GCCAUUACCAACACCAAAAGAAAUCAACGUUCCAAGGACGCCCUAAAUUGAAUCUUUCACAUUUUUUGAAGCCAUAAUAACACGCAACCGAUUGCGUGGGAAUAGGGCUAGGGUUAACAUAUCGGUCCCAAACGGCCAAACAAAACCAAAAAUAUGUCGAUGCAAGGCAAAAUCAUCGCUCUUACUGGUGGCGCAAGUGGUAUCGGGUUAGCAACUGCAAAACUCAUCUCGUCACGAGGAGCAACGGUUUGCAUUGGCGACAUUGAUCCGUCUUCCCUCCAGACUGCCGAAGCGCAUUUCAGCUCACUCUCCGUACCCUUCACGGUCACCAAACUCGAUGUAACAUCACGAGAGAACGUCGAAUCAUGGAUUGCGUCCAUCAUUUCCAAGUACGGAAAGCUCGAUGGGGCUGUGAAUUCAGCAGGAAUCAUUGGGAAACGUCAUGGUCUUACUAAUCUGACCGAGUUGGAGGAUGACGAGUGGCACGAGAUUAUUGGUGUGAAUCUGACCGGGUUGAUGUAUUGUCUUCGUGCUGAGUUGCAGAACAUUUCCGAUGGGGGGUCGAUUGUGAAUUUAUCUUCAAUUCAGGGAGUGAUAGGUAUGCGUUUCUCUUUUCUUUCUUCAUUCUUUCUCUGAGUUUUCUCUAAAUGUCAAAAUAUAGGAUUCGCGGGUUCGGCGGCUUAUGGAGCUACAAAGCACGGUGUUAUAGGACUCACUCGCUCAACGGCCAAAGAGAAUGCACACCGUGAGGUGAGAGUCAACGCCAUAGCACCGGGGUCUAUUCAAACUCCGUUGUUGAAUCAAGCUCACAAGGCGAACCCGAAGGAGGGAACUGAUCUACCUUCGGCGAUCAAGAGAGUUGGGACCGCCGAGGAAAUGGCGAACAUUAUCGCUUUCCUACUGGGACCAGAGAGUUCUUAUGUUACUGGAAGUGUUUAUGGGGCGGAUGGUGGAUGGAAUUGUUGAGUAAGGGGUUGAGGUUGAGAUGAUGUGUUGGUGAUCAUGAAAGCGGUCACGAGUAAUCAAUGGAUAUAACUUUUGAUUUUGUUUCGUAAUUCAUCACGUCUUGCAAAAACUUCACGUAACAGCGG